AUGGACUGCGACGACCAUCAAGACUUGGUCUAUACCCCUCCCCCUUCCUCACGAUCAGAGAGUCGUAUGCGCAAAAGGCCAACCCGGCCACCACAAGAUACAAUGCAGCAGUUUUGGGACGGUUUCAAUUCCAAGUUUCCUGGAUUGGUCCAUACAGUUUUGCCAGACAAUCCGUAUGCGCGCAACAAAGCUGCUCGGGCCCCCUCGGGUAAAGUCCAGGGCCAACAUGCUUCAAAGUCUUAUGAACAGGCUCGGGCAGAGUGUCAGCGCGCUGUGGAGCGUAUUGCAAGGGAAUGUGAGCGACUAAAUCAGAAGUAUACCGACCCGCACUUCGACAUAGAGGUAGAUUUGAAAUGCAGGAGGAGAAACUAUCUAGAAGGACUAGAUGAGGAGAACUUGGAGAUGCUUCCACGGGGCGUCAAGAGAGUAACAGAAAUAUUCGAGAAACCAGAGUUUUACAUCAAUGGGCCCACUGCCUCGGACGUGCGCCAAGGUCGAGACGGCGACUGUUGGUUUAUGGCCGCGCUAUGUACCAUGGGUAACAAACAAGGAUUGAUCGAGAAGAUUUGUGUAGCUCGCAAUGAGAAGAUCGGAGUCUACGGGUUUUUGUUUUACAGAGACGGUGAAUGGCAGCAAUGCAUCGUGGAUGACAAGCUGUAUCUCCUCUGGCAGACUGGGUCACGGGCUCUCUAUUUCGCCCAAUGCGCAGAUGAGAAUGAGACCUGGCUGCCGUUGCUGGAAAAGGCCUAUGCUAAAGCUCAUGGCGACUAUUCCGCCAUCGAAGGCGGGUUUGUUGGGGAGGCGCUCGAAGACCUCACCGGCGGCGUCACUUCCGACGUACUCACAAGCAAUAUUCUGGACAAGGAUCGGUUUUGGAAAGAAGAACUCAUGCACGUCAACCAGGAAUUUCUCUUUGGCUGCGGCACCGGGAUUUUUUCCAACUGGCUGGAGCCAGAAUACUCUGGGCCUCCGAGAGAUAGGAAAGGUAUCUGUGAGAACCACUCAUACUCGAUUAUGGAGGCGAGGGAAGUUGAUGGGCAGCGCUUGCUCCGGCUGAGAAACCCUUGGGGUAAGAAGGAGUGGACUGGAGCAUGGAGUGACGGCUCCGAGCAAUGGACCCCGGAAUGGAUGGAGAAACUGGGACACAGAUUUGGAAAUGACGGCUUCUUCUGGAUUUCCUACGAUGACCUCCUCAAGAAGUACCAACACUUCGAUCGAAUCCGUCUUUUCAACGACGACUGGACAGUCACCCAGCAAUGGACGAGCCUGAACGUCCCAUGGUCAGCAACUUACCACAGCACAAAGUUCGUACUAGAUGUGAAGAACGCUGGCCCUGCUGUGAUCGUUCUCUCCCAGGUGAGCAUAACCCAUAACCACAACACUUCUAGCCCAGCUAACCAUAACCCCAAGCUCGAUGAACGGUACUACAAAGGCCUAUCCGGCGAAUACGACUUCGACCUCAAAUUCCGCCUACAAAAAGAAGGCGAAGACGACUAUUUCGUCCGCAGCCACGGCAACGAGCUAAUGUGGCGAUCCGUCAACGUCGAAGUCGACCUCGAAGCAGGGCGCUACCACGUCCUCAUGAAAGUCACAGCAUAUCGAAACAAAGAAAAGCUCCCAGUAGAAGAAGUCGUCCGUCGCUUAGCACCCACUCGCCGCGGCAAGCUACUUCAGAUUGGCCUCUCCUACGACCUAGCACACGCAAAAGGCAUCGUCCACGAAACUGAAAAUGAGAAACGCGCACGUCAAGAACGCGAGGAACGGCGAAAAGCAGCCGAUCGCAGGAAACGGAGAGAAGAAACCAAGGAGAGAUUGCAGAAAGAAUGGAUCCGGGCAAGAAAACUCGAAGCCAGACAUAAGAGAUUUGACGAAAGAUUUGCUGCUAAAUCUGGCAAGAAACGGGUUGUUAGGGACGACGGACCACCUGAGGAAGUUGUUCCUGACGGACCCGUGCAAUCACCAAUCAGUGAACUAAAUCUCACCAAGGAAACCUCUGUUCCUUCAAUCUCAGUUGAGAACGGUCAUCCGCUUGACCACUGCGUCCGAAGCAGAAGCAAGACUUCCCUAUCCGUUCGAGUUAAGAACUCUUCUUCUUACCAUGCUGCAAACUCAGCAUACUUGGAAGGAUUCGAAUUCGACUCGGAUAUCGAUAUGUCUUCAGACGAUGAGCCAACCGAGAUCCGCACGCCGGCCAAAUCUGUUAGCAGCGCUGGCGAAGGCGAUGCCAAUAGCGAUCCAUGGAAUGCCGUCUGUGUGGUUGGGUUGAGGGUUUAUUCGAAAGAUCCUCAGUUGUCUCUGGAGGUUCUGCGUCCCGUACCGGAGGAUGAUGUCGAGGCGUCACUUGAUAUGGAUGAUCCGUCGGCGAGUGCAGCUACUGAAUGA